ACCACCCUGGUGCCUCUGUUGCCCCCACCCAAUUUCCCCGCUGCUAGUGCAAGGGGCGGCCCUCCGCCCAAGGCACCAAGCAGAGGCAGUGGCAGAGGCUAGACGCCAGCUAGAUGCCACUAGGAGCAGCGGAAGAAGCAGCAGCGGAAAGCAAGACAAGCCGCCGCCAGUCAAACUGCUGCUGCUGCUGUACUACCACAUCCACUCACAGGGGCACACGAACAUUCAAGCACACCCAUACAGGCAACACAUCCACAUCACACGCACAACGAGUUGCCUCUUAGUUCGGUGCCGCCCGCUUUCUCUCACGCGCGGCGGCAUCAUACAACAGUCUCGAGACGGACGCACCCCGCGACGGAGCUCAGGCCCCUCGCUAUAACGCAGGGCAUAGCACUAAAGGAUACACAAGCAGUCCCAUCACGACCAGCGGCGGCGGUAGUCCGUCCCGGCUAGUCCUCUCGUUGGUUAUAAUCAUGAACUUGUUCUUCUGCAGCAACCAUCAGCUGCCCGCUUCGAUGUGUAUGAGCUGCCGUCAUUUGCCUCGGAUGAGAAGUAACAAAAGAAUUGUUUAUUUGUUUUGACAAAGACCCAAGUUAACCUACUGUGCCUAUUGAUAUCUAUCCACCACUGGACUACUUCUACAGGUAAUUGUCGUGUGCUUGGUGAACGUUAAUGGGUGUUGCCUUAUAACAGCCGUGUGAUGUGACGACGACUUUUGGCCUUCUGUAAGUGGUGCACUUGCGCCGUGCAGUCUAGAUGUAAUUCAACAAAAUAGAAUUCCCACCUAUUUCCCACCUCAGUCGUCCAAUGGGCUCAAGAUUAACACAACGAAAUACCACAACUGACAAGCAACGAAGUGCGUAUUUGUGUGUGUGUAUGUGUGGGUGUAUUUAUAGCAUCGGACCCCCGACAUCUCUAAAGAGUCUGAGAUAGCAGAUCCUUCGUGCAACAGCACCUCCCGUCCUCAGAUGACUUCGAGCAUCAUCAAGCACCUUGUAAAUAACGAAGAUAAACAGGAAGAAGAAGAAGAAGUCGAAAAUCACAAGACCAAUCAUUGCACACAUUAUGGCCCACCACUGACUUAAAUGUUCGACGGCAAAAACAAAGUUGGAGAAGUUUUUUUUUUUUUUUUUUAAAUCUAUGCGUUUCAACCGAGCACCGGCGUCAUCAUCGCCGUGAAAGCGUGACUAAAUAGACAAACGAGUCGUUUGUUGUGCGGCUGUGUGCGUGAAAAUGCGUGUUGAGUUUAAUAAAGUGUAAGUGAGUGGAGUAACGACGGAAACAACAAGAAAGCAGUUAGUGUUCACCAUCUUCGAUUUGAGAGUCAAGCCACCCAUAUUGGAGGAUGAGCGCAUGAUGGAGCAUGAGGGUGGAGCCUUGGAAACGGAGCCGGGCCACGCGAUCAAUCUGACUACCUCAACCUCGUCGAGUAUCGCACCCUCCUCGCCCGCUUCACCGCCCUGCUCGCAAACCAACUCCUUCAUGGGAGGCGAGCGCGCACCGUCCCCCAACACCACGGACCUCUCCGGAAAGCACAGUCCCCUGGCCAUAAAGGCGUGGUCGCCUGCAAGCUCGGCUGAGAGCGCUGACAAGUCAGCAGUGCUCUCAUCGCUGAUGCAGGGUGCCGAGGGAAGUCUGAACGGUCUCGGCGCAUUGAACGGCCUCAACGGGCUAAAUGGCCUGUCGGGCAGUAUGAAGCGUCCGUUAUCUCCUCAGAGUAUCCUGAGCUCCCUUGCUCAGCAUCAGGUUCGGCAGAUGUUCGCUCAGAACCUCAACAGCCUCAACCCUCAGCAGCUAAGCCAAUUGCUCCAACAGCAAUCAGUGCAACAACUCCUGCAGCAGCAGCAAACUAAACAGCUGGAACAAAUGUACCCGCAUCUCGGAGAACAGCUCCAACUGAAUAUGCUACAGCAGACUCAAGUCAUUCAACAAAUGCAGCAACAGCAGCAGCAGCAGCAGAGCAAUGGGGCCGCCAGCCAGGCCAACCAGGGACACAGCAAUGGAGAAGGUACCUGCGAACCCGAUCGCAAGUUACAGUUGCAGUUAUCACAGCUCGUCCAACAACAACAACAGAUUGUUCAGCAGCUACAGAUGGCGCAUAGGAGUUUCAUGCUCGGUAUGCCUGGCCUGAUGCAAUCAUUUGGCCAGGACAAUGACAAGGAUGAGUCGCGGCUUUCAUCGUCGCUGAGCAGCGGUCACCGUGAUAACCGCGAUCGCUCUCGCGACAGGGAGCGUCGGCAAUUGUCGGGAACCGAGCAACGGGAACGAGACGCCCACCAUCGGAGGACGCCCACCUCUGCCGCCGCGUCGAACGGCGCUGGCGGCCUGGUGCCACCCUCCUCGCACCAGGCCUGUCCGUCUAAUAACCCCCAAAGCCCAACCAGUCACAGCCACACCACGAACUCGCAGCAUCAACAAGAGCGCUCGCGGGACGCGAAUCGCGGCCAUUCCGCGUCAAGUAGCAGUAGCAGCGUUGCUAGCGUGCUCGCAGCGAGUGCGAAUGGCCUUUCAGUUAACAGUAACAAUAAUAACAACAGCAACAGCAGUCGUGAACAAGUGAACAGUAGCAGAGCGGCAACACCGCAGGCUCAAUCUUUGCAGCAGCACUCCCUCAAUGGCGUCGGACCUAGUGGCCAUGGUGCCCAGGCCCCGACGGACGGGGCACACCAGCGAAGCCUGAGCGGAUCGCCGUACCAGGCCCCGUCCGCGACGCAGUCGUCAGGGAAGGAGGAGAAGUCUUCCAGUGCCAGUAACCCCGUGAGUACCGUGAGCAGUAGCCUCAGCCUCACCUUCGCCGGCACUUCACCUUCGCUCGCAGCAGCUGGCGGAUCCCUGUCAAAGGAGUCUGCCGGCCUAACGCUCGGCCUAAACCACGCGACCAGCCACCCCCUAUAUGGUCAUGGGGUGUGCAAAUGGCCGGGCUGCGAGGUGGAGUGUGCCGACUUCGGAGCCUUCAGCAAGCACCUGAACACGGAGCACCAGCUCGACGACCGCUCGACGGCACAGGCACGCGUACAGAUGCAGGUUGUUAGCCAACUCGAGCUGCAGCUCGAAAAAGAGAAGACGCGACUCGAGGCGAUGAUGGCGCACCUGCAUCUUGGCCAGUCGAAAUCAUCAUCAUCGGCGAUGUCAUCAGCAGCAGCCGCCGCAGCAGCAGCAGGCUUAACGUCCUCGUCAAUGCUAUCGUCAGCAGCAUCGGCAACGAUCGCCGCCGGCCUUGGCUCAAACAGCGUCGGCGCCGGCAGCCAUGGCGGAGCCGGCAAUCUCAGUCAUUCGCCGUCUGCCAGGUCAAGUGUCGGUUUACAACAAGCUGCCAGCAGCCUGCAAAGUGGCGGCGGCGGCGGCUCGGAGCUACUGCGGUGCGCAAGCGAGUCCAAGCCAGCCACCUCCUCUCCGCAGACCCAGGCCGCGGUGUCACCCUCCCCUCCACCGCAAGGCCUGCCGCCCAGUCUACUCCGUUAUCCUCUGCCGGCGCCCAGUGCGGGGCACGGCACCCCCCUCGGUCAUGCCCCUCCCGUGUCCCAUCAAGCCCCACCACCACCCCUCGGUCUACCCGCUUUGUCCACGACCCAUUCCUCCCUCACGCCCCUUCCGCCCCCACCCACGGCCAGCUCGGCAAAGGGCAGCCGUCGUCUCAGCGAUAAAGGCUCGCUGUCCCUGCUGCCGUAUAGCGACCAACAGCCAUUUCCCGAUUCCCCAAUGCGGCGAAGGGUCGCGGAGAGAGCUAACUUGGAUAUCACCGAAGAGAUCCAACGCAACCGAGAGUUCUACAAGUCGGCGGACGUUCGACCUCCGUUCACGUAUGCCUCUCUGAUUAGGCAGGCGAUAAUGGAGUCGCCUGACAAACAGCUCACUCUCAACGAGAUUUAUAACUGGUUCCAGAAUACAUUCUGCUACUUCCGUCGGAAUGCUGCGACUUGGAAGAAUGCGAACGCCAUUCGUACGAAUCUUUCGCUGCACAAAUGCUUCGUGCGCUAUGAAGACGAUUUCGGCUCAUUUUGGAUGGUGGACGACAACGAAUUUGUCAAAAGGCGCCAUCUCAACCGCGGGCGACCGAAGAGGUUUGGCCAGAGCAACCCGCAGGGUGUCGUAGAAGGGUCGCGGAACGACGGGCCCCCUGAAGGGAACUCUGAAGCCGGUGACGAGCAGAUGUCCCCAGGAGGCGGCCCUCAGAGGGGCCCGUCCUCCAGACAAGCCCGGAGUCCAACAAUGAACAGUAGUAUUUACGGCGACCUCAACUCGCUUCAUGGAGUCUUGGAUAGCCCCUUAUCAGGCUUUCUUCAGGCGAUACAAGCAGGUGGUUCUCCCUCGAUAUCAGGGUCCCCUCUGCUUUCUCUGCCACCCACCUCGUCCGCGCUUUCGGCUGUAAGUGAUGCCGAGCGCCUGAUGAUGUCCAUGAUGGAAUUAGGCCGGCACGAUAUCGUAAAUGCAGGGAGUAUUGCAAGUGGCCACAAGGGUGCGCCUAGCCCUCUCAGCUUACUGACAACGUCGAACGGCGCUUCCGUCCACACCAGCCACUCGGACAAACAGAGUAUCAAACAGGAACCGAUGGACAGCUCAGUGGGCGGACCGGAUAGCCCUCCAGCAUCGGGGAGCGACCCCCGAUCACCGAGGUCUCCCCGAUCCCCGCGGUCACCUCAGCCUACGAUCACCGAGCCGUCUUCGGACAAUGAAAAGGAUGACAAGGACCUGGACGAGGAUAUGCCCCUUCAAUUGCCACUACACAAAGAGUUCCGUGAGGGCCCCGCACCCGACGCCGAGGCCGAGGACCUGUCGCUUGCCUCCGAGCCAAACAACUCGUGAAGUUUAAGGCGGUUCAUGGCCAUCAUUAGCACCAACACAAGCACACGAGUGUGACUAAGUGACGUGCGUACGGCCAGUGCAAAGCAAUCGUUCGUGCCAGCCCGUGGCAGGGGCGGCAAUAGUAAAGCAAAAUAAUUACGACUAUAAAAGAAGACAACUACAAGUAAUUACUAUUAUUAUUAUAUUAAAUUAUGAUAAUACGAGAAACGAAUCAGGAGCAAGCGACGAACGUAAUAAGGACUAUAAACAAGCGUACUACACGAAGAUGCUUUGAAAACGGGACUCUCCGGGACUCGGCGAGUUGAGACUGAUAGCGCCAAAUCGACUCUACUAAUUCACCAAUAAUGAUAAAACAAAAGAAGAAAAAAAAAAAAGAAAAAUUAUGAGAUCAAUGCGACAACACUGCAACCAAUCACACCACAGCUAUUCUGUUAACAGAGCUCUGAACAUCAUCCAAAACGGAAGAAGGGAAACCCGUAUGGCGAACAUUCGAGUGGGUCCGUGCGCGCUAAAUGUGACACCGCUAACUUAAAUGAGACAACCGUACGUGCUAGAUCCAACACGCUAUGAUAUAAUAUGGAAAUAGAGAAUAUUCCCACCAACGACGAACGAAUUACACUGCGGUUGAGUGCGUCACGUAAACAACGGCGGGCAGGAU